CAUCACGAUAUCUUUUAAUCUCAGACACGUACUUCCGGCGUUAGCGGAAGUACCCGCUACGCGUCCAUUAAAAGCAAAAUUAAUGGCUUUUGUAUUAAAAGCUGUCAAAAAUUGAAGAAAAGCCGUAGAAAUAAAUGUUCUUCAAAAACAAAUGAUGACUGAAAUCGAAGAAAGAGGCGGCGGACAGCAUAUGUGAGCAGAUAUCGGCGUUUAUCUCCUGUGUGAAGGGGAAGACGCUCAACAUGGAAGACUGCUUGCACACUUCAUCUGAUAACCUGGCUAAAUUGGUAAAAUGGGCACACAGUCAUGGAACAAUCUGCACUCUCAUCCCCAACCUCAAACAUAUGCUGAACGAGGGCUCUCAUGGUACCCUCACUGCAAUGUGGGGCUGCAGCGCUGGCCACGCCUACCACUGGCCACUGAAUACCACCUGCAAAUCAGGAAACAAGGACCGGAUGUGUUACCAAGACAGUCGAAGCAUCAGUACGGACAAUAUUAUGCAGACGGCCGCCGUCAUGCACAACACCUCCGCCGAACGCUUCCUCGGAAAUACAAGAAAAAGCAAAUGCAAUUCCAGUCAAGGGGAUUCCAGUCAGAUCCACGACUCUUGUGACAUCUCCAACUGCAGUGAACCCUCCGAGUUGGACGACCAAGCUGAUGAGUACAGUAACAACUUGUACGACAUUGUCUGCGAGUCGUCGGCUACUGAUGAGGAUGGUGACUCCGAGCCCAACCACAUCACGAGCGUUACGCACAGGAAACGAGCCAGUAAAGGUCCAGGACCUGAGGAUUGCACGGAUCCAGGGUCAAAGAAGAUUAAACAAGAAAGGGGUGAAGACUAUUACAGCGUGGCAAAUCCACAGAUGUCAAGCAGCUCUGAGGUUAACCGGUCAACUGGUGGGGUUACCCAGUCACCCAAGCCAAACUCCCAGAUCAGACCGUUAUCUGGGUCUGCGACAUCCAUCAAGGCUUCCUCUGUGGACAUUGACCCCAUGGGAUUUUCGUCAUUACCGCCUGAGAACUCUCCUGCAUCCAUGAUCAAACCCAUGCGAGCACCUCCACAUGUUAACCAGAACAAAAUGCACAUGAACUCAAACCCAGCACCAAGUCAAAGUAUGACAGCCUUAUCCCACUCUGGACGUAUUGACGCUAUGGGGGUCCUACACAGAGAAGAAUUUCCCAAGUCUUCUUUGUCUUAUGGAGAAGCGUCGAUGCCUGUGAACCCUGAGAUGGAUCUUCUAGCAGUGCAGGCACUUAAUACAGAAGCUAGAGGAGACAACCCAGUUCCUCCAGCUGUGUAUGAAAUAGAGAAGCUGAAAGCUCUGCUACAGGCUGAGAGGAGCAAAAGUGAGUUGAUGGGUGAAACCAUCAGCAGCCUGAGGCAGGACAAAGAACUUCUGCAACAGGAACUCACCAAGAAGGCUGAGCUUAUCUGUGACUUUCUGCAAGACCAACUACGGCCAGAUAAAAGAAGGACCCAUUCCUCAAGUCAAAUGGAAGCAGGCAGCUCUCAUCAGAUGAUUGGCUCCCCUGUAGACGAAGGAGCUUCGCUUGAAUCUCCUGCACUCUUUGACUCUUUCGAGGAGGUGGAGCUUCAACCGUUGGAGAGGCAGAGGACCAUCAAGAUUUCUUCAAAGAGAAGCAGGGAUGGUGAAAACACCCGUGUGCGAAUGAAAAAUGUUGUUGGCGUGAUCGCACGAUACAUGGCAGCACUGCAAGAGUUCCGACGUAGCGUAUCCAUGAAAGUGGCUUUUGACAGAGUCGGUGUGGACCGCAACACGAUUUCCAGGACGGCGGCCAUUGCGGAGCUCAGUCUGGCGGCCCCUGAAGUUUUCCACGCUCUGCCGCCGUGGGACGAGAAAGAAGAAACGUUGGCUCAUUAUGCCGUGAGAUGCCGGCAAGCUAUGGAUGACAGUAUUAAAGCCAAGAUUAAAAGCAUGAAAGCAAAAGGGGAACUUCUACCAAUCGUCAGCAAAUAAGGCCACAGAUCACUCACACUGUUGAUGUAUCAGUCACCCAACUUAAAGGGAUAGUUCACCCAAAAAUAAAAAUUCUGUCGUCGUUUUCUCAUCCUCAUAUUGGUCCAAACCUGUAAGAAUUGAUUUUUUUGGAUGAUCACAAAAGAAGAAAUUCAUCAUCAUCCAUCACAAUACUUCCAUAGUAUUUUAUCUUACUAUGGAAGUCAAUAGUUUCCAUCAGCUGUGUGCUUAUCACCAUUUAUCAAAAUAUCUUCUUUUGUGUUCAUCAGAAAAAAGAAAUUCAUACAUGAGAACAACAUGAGAAUGACUAAAUUAUGACAACAUUUUCAUUUUGGGGUGAACUAUCUCAUUAACAGUUAACAGUUCAUAUCUAUCAUAUCUAUAAUUGGUCUGCCUUUACAGUACCUUUGCUUUGAUUGUUGAUGGUAGGGCACAUCUGUGUUAAAAUGUGUUCAAUCUAUUCGUGUUUGUCAUUAGAAUUUAGCUAUUCACACUUAAAAAACAAAUUGUUCUGGGUCAUAUUGCCUGUAUUUACUUUGGUGUUAAACAACCUCAAAUAAAUGGCUUUUUUUAUAAUUGAUUGAUAGCUUCCACUACAAACUAGAGUGUUAGUUGGUGCUUUUACCUCAUGAGUAAAUUUUGCAUGCAUAUGAUACGUCAGUCCUUCCCAUUCACUUAAUACGGCUUAUCGUGUCGUUUUAUAUAUUGGUUUCUCAAUUUCUGUUUUAAAGGUCCCGUUCUUUUUGUGUUUUUGAAGUUUUGAUUGUGUUUACAGUGCGCAAUAUAACAUGUGUUCAUGUUUCACGUGUAAAAAAAUCUGUAUUCCGCUCUGAUGUCUUCCUUGUUCUAUAAAGUCCCUGUUCUGAUUGUAGUUUGUUUAGUGUUUUGAUUCGAUAGCAGCUUAGCUUGCCGUUAGCUUAGCUGGUGACUGACAUAUUCCUGUGGGCGGAGUUUAGUCAAAAAACUGUUCUAGUGACGUCAUUAAAGCAGGAAGUAGAGGACUGUAGUCCAAAUCGGCCGUUCGCUACAUAGAUAUGUAUAAAGGCUAGAUGUCUCGCCCGCGCUGCUGGUCAAUUGAGUGGAACGUUCGCAUUUUGGCGGCCAUCUUACCACAGGACGCUCACUCACUCGUAGCAUUGAGUUUUAAUGGUACAGGUACUUUUAAAUGACCAUAACUUGCUUAAUUUUUUACCGAUUUUCAAACAGUUUGGUUUGAUAUAAACGUCAAAUAUGUAUGCUUAAGAAUCUGCAUGCUUAUACUAAAAAAAUAGAAAAAAAUCAUGAAACAUGUUAAAGCAUCCAGAAUUAUAGCCACCUUAAUAACGUUUGUAAGAAACCAAACCGUUUGAAAAUCGGUAGAAAAUUGAGCAAGUUAUGGUCAUUUAAAAGUACCUGCACUAUUAAACUCAAUGCUACGAGUGAGCGAGCUGUCUGAGGUAAGAUGGCCGCCAGGUGAGGACGUUAGAGACUCCGCCGUAAGACAUCUAGCCUUUAUACAAAUCUAUGGUUCGCUGUAUUGAAAGGGGACUUCGGUUAAAGAAAAUAAAUUGCUUGGCAGUGAACUUUAAGCUUUAUCAUUUUACAGGUAUUAUUUAUGCUAUUAUAGCAACAUUACACACUAACUAGGGUUUAAAAAAUGGGAUAUUUAGACCUUUAAACCAUUGUCGCUUAGGUUUGGGAUUUACUUUAGGAUGUCGUUUAAUAUAUAGGUUUCUCCAUGUUCUUGUCAAUUUUUUUCUGCCAUGGUUGCUUGGAGUUGGGGUUAGAACUGGGGUUUGAGUUAGGAUGUCAGUUUAUGUAACAAAAAGUUGUUCUAAGUGACAAUGGUAAAAAAUCCAGAAGAGAAACAAACACAUAAAACGACACAAAAAGAUGCGUCGUAUUAAGUAAACGAGAAGAACUGGUGUAUCAUACGCCCGCAAAAUUGGAAUUUGACGUAUGUAUUGCACGACUUUUCACACUGCGUGCUAUUUAUAUGCAAAUCAUGAGAAUGGGCUGGACUAUCAGAUUAGUGUCAUGUACAAACACGUCAAGGUGUAAUAAGUGUAAGUGUAAAUAAUUUAACAUCUUGUUUACAAACUUGUAGGUUCAAUGACUGUUAUUGUAAGUAAUAAACCAAACGUUGCAAUUUCACAA